CUUAAUACUGAUGGACACAUCGCUCGUGUGUACCCUUUAUUUAUUUUGUACUUUUUAGUGACGGAGUUUUCCUCCACCGGUCUUGCAACGUCAGCUAAUGUUAUUAGAUAAAUCUGUGAACGAAGUUGUGCAGACUCUCAGGCGCAGUCGCAGCGGAAGUGACGUAUGCGGUCGACGAAUGCGAGACAGCCAGUGAACCCUAGUACGCCCCGCCCUUCAUUUAUGAAUGUAAUAUUUUUUAUUCGUCUUUAAAACAAUUACAUUCAUUUAUUAUUAUUGGUUUGCUGUUGCUUGAGGUAGUUGAUUUGGGAAAUGUAAAAAAGUUUUUUGUUGUUUUUCAUUUUACGCGGGAGGUCAAAGGUUAUCAACAAAAUGGCUGCACACAGAGGAUCAGCAGGCGCAUAAUGAUGGGAUAUUUGGAUGUUUUGAUUCUCACCGACUGCAGCAAUCAUUAUUUGGACAUUAUCAUUUAAUUUCGUUCAUAUGAAUACAAUGACGAGAGCAAGUUAUACCUGACUUAUAUUUAUGGAUGCGUCCAUUGUGUUAGCAACAAAAACACCGCAGAGCAAUCUCCGGGUGAAACAGUCCGUAAAUAAAGCAGGCAGUAGACUAACGUUGGUAUCGACAGAGUGCUGGUUGAUGUAUUUUGUCUGGGAUCGUUGUUAAACCGUAAACGUCAAGUAUAGCUAACGUGUAUUGGUAUUUUUCGCUUUACAUUGUUAUGUUGCCUUUAUCUAUGAACUUUGUUGCUGAAUCUUGAACUGGCGAAUCAACGUUUGCCCAACGCGCUGCUGAGACGGAAGCUCGCGCAGCAGAGUUCUGCCAUGUUGAAACUCGAGUAAAGAAGCGAAGAACAAGCUCCGAGGAUGAACAGGAAAAAGGAUAAGGGAUUUGAGAGCCCUCGCCCCUUUAAAUUGACCCACCAGGUGGUGUGCAUCAACAACAUCAACUUCCAGAGGAAGUCUGUCAUUGGCUUUGUUGAGCUGACCAUAUUCCCCACAGUGGUCAACCUGAACAGGAUCAAGCUUAAUAGUAAACAGUGCCGCAUCUACAGGGUCCGAGUCAAUGAACUCGAAGCCCCAUUCAUUUACAACGACCCCACACUGGAGGUGUGCCACCAUGAGUCCAAGCAGAGGAAUCUCAAUUAUUUCUCCAGCGCCUACACAGCAGCAGUGAGUGCUGUAGACCCCGAUGCAGGACACGGUGAGCUGGUCAUCAAAGUUCCUUCUGAACUCUGGAAACAAGGAGAUGAUUUGAAAGUAUUAAAGGUGUACAUAGAGUUUUCCCUGGACCAGCCAAAAGGAGGACUCCACUUCGUUGUGCCUGAUGUGGAAGGCAGCAUGGCAGAGAGAGGCGCUCAUGUGUUCUCCUUUGGAUACCAGAACUCCACCAGAUUCUGGUUUCCGUGUGUGGACUCCUACUCAGAGCUGUGUACGUGGAAGCUGGAGUUCACCGUGGAUGCUUCAAUGGUGGCUGUGUCGUGUGGAGACCUGGUCGAGACCAUCUACACCAAUGACAUGAGAAAGAAGACUUUCCACUAUGUCCUCCCCAUCCCUACCGCUGCCCCCAACAUCUCCCUGGCAGUGGGGCCCUUUGAAAUCCUGGUUGAUCCGUACAUGCAUGAGGUGACCCAUUUCUGCCUGCCACAGCUGCUGCCACUGCUCAAACACUCCAUGUCGUACCUGCAUGAGAUCUUUGAGUUCUACGAGGAGAUUCUGACAUGCCGCUACCCUUAUGCCUGCUUCAAGACAGUGUUUGUGGACGAGGCCUAUGUGCAAGUGUCCUCCUAUGCGUCCAUGAGCAUCUUUAGUACCAACCUGCUGCACAGCGCUAUGAUUAUAGACCAGACCCCGCUGACCCGCCGCUGUCUGGCCCAGGCUUUGGCCCAGCAGUUCUUUGGCUGUUUCAUCUCCAGGAUGUCAUGGGCUGAUGAGUGGGUGUUGAAAGGAAUCUCAGGAUACAUCUACGGCCUCUACCUGAAGAAGACCUUUGGGGUCAAUGAGUACCGCCACUGGAUCAAAGAGGAGUUGGACAAGAUUGUGGAAUAUGAACUAAAGAUGGGAGGAGUUCUGUUGCACCCAACAUUCACUGGAGGCAAAGAGAAGGACAACCCAACUCCCCACCUUCACUUCUCCAUCAAGCACCCCCACACUUUGUCCUGGGAAUACUACAAGAUGUUUCAGUGUAAGGCCCACCUGGUGAUGAGGCUGAUAGAGAACAGGAUCAGCAUGGAGUUCAUGUUGCAGGUUUUCAACAAGCUUCUCAGCCUGGCCAGCACGGCCUCGUCCCAGAAGUACCAGAGUCACAUGUGGAGCCAGAUGCUUCUCUCUACUCACGCCUUUCUCAAGUCCAUCUCCAAUGUCUCAGGCAAAGACAUCGGCCCUCUGAUCAAACAAUGGGUAGAUCAAAGCGCUGUGGUGAAGUUCUUUGGCAGCUUUGCCUUCAAUAGGAAGAGGAACGUGCUGGAGCUGGAGAUCCGACAGGACUACACGUCAUCUGGUACUCAGAAAUAUGUGGGUCCCAUCAAAGUGACGGUGCAGGAGCUGGAUGGAUCCUUCAACCACACGUUGCAGAUCGAGGAGAACAGUCUGAAACACGACAUCCCCUGUCACUCCAAGAGCCGACGAAACAAGAAAAAGAAAAUCCCUCUGAUGAACGGAGAGGAAGUCGACAUGGAUUUAUCUGCCAUGGAUGCGGACUCGCCCCUCCUCUGGAUCCGCAUCGACCCGGACAUGUCCAUUCUGAGGAAGGUGGAGUUUGAGCAGGCUGACUUCAUGUGGCAGUAUCAGCUACGCUACGAGAGGGAUGUAGUUGCACAGGAGGAGUCCAUCUCAGCAUUGGAAAAGUUUCCCACCGCGGCCUCCAGACUCGCUCUGACGGACAUCCUAGAGCAGGAACAGUGUUUCUACAAAGUCCGCAUGCAGGCCUGUUUCUGUUUGGCCAAGAUAGCCAAUGCCAUGGUGAGCACGUGGCAGGGUCCACCAGCGAUGAAGUCCCUGUUUACUCGAAUGUUUUGCUGUAAGAGCUGCCCCAACAUCGUGAAGACCAACAACUUCCUGAGCUUCCAAAGUUACUUCUUGCAGAAGACGAUGCCUGUUGCCAUGGCGCUGCUAAGAGACGUCCAGAACCUUUGUCCCAAAGACGUCCUCAACUUUAUCCUUGAUCUCAUCAAAUAUAACGACAACAGGAAAAACAAAUUUUCAGAUAACUACUACCGUGCUGAGCUGAUCGAAGCUCUGACCAACUCUCUGACCCCGGCCAUCAGCAUCACCAACGAGGUGCGUACCGUUGACAAUUUGAACACUGACGUCCGUCUCAUCCUGGAGGAGAUCACGCGCUUCCUCAACAUGGAGAAACUGCUGCCCAGCUUCAGAAACACCAUCACUGUCAGUUGUCUGAGUGCGAUCCGCCAGCUUCAGAAGAACGGUCACAUUCCCAGUGACGCGUCACUCUUCAAGUCCUACGCCAAGUACGGGCACUUUGUAGACGUUCGCGUCGCUGCACUGGAGGCACUGGUGGACUAUACCAGAGUUGAAAGAAGCUCAGUGGAUUUGCAGUGGCUACUUGACAUGGCCCAGAAUGACCCAGCUCAUUAUGUCAGACAUAAGAUCCUGGGUAUGCUCUGUAAGAAUCCACCUUUCACCAAGACAACCGACAAGACAACCGACUCGCCUCUGUGUAAUGAAGCUCUGGUCGACCAGCUCUGGAAACUUAUGAACUCCGGGACCUCCCACGACUGGCGGCUGCGCUGUGACGCUGUGAACCUCUACUACGCCUUGUUCGGAUUGACCCGACCCUCAUGCCUCCCCCUGCCAGAGCUGGGCCUCGUGCUCAACCUGAAGGAGAAGAAAGCUGUCCUGAACCCCACCAUCAAGCCCGAGCUGGGGGUCGGUCCUGUCAUGGACACGCCCGCCAGUAUAGGCAUCCAUGGCGUGGGCAUGAGCUACUCGGCUGUGGAUGAAGAGCCAGAUCCCAUCUCACUGGGGGUUUGUGGGGUGGGGCAACCCUCUGUGAGCCUGAAGAGGAAGGCUGAGACCCCUCUGGGCUCCCCUCCCGAGCCGGGGCAGAUCCUGCAGCAGCAGGAAGAUGACGCACGUGGAGGGCGCUUCAAAAUCAGGUUCAACACAAUGGAAGAUGAAGAUAUUGAUAUGGAGACGGUUCAUGACAGUCAGGCCUUCAUUCACCAUCACCUCAAUCUGUUAGAGAGGCCCUCCACGCCAGGUAAAGAGCCUCCGUCAGUCGAACAGUCCAUACUGUCCAUGCCCGCCACGCCCGUGGCGACCUUCCUGAAGGAGACCACGCCCUUGUCCUCCAAACAUGGCGGCGAGCACGGCCACCACCACCAUCACCACCACCACGAGCACAAGAAGAAGAAAAAGAAGCACAAGCACAAACACAAGCACAAGCACAAACAUGAGAGCAAAGACAAGGAGAAGGACAGAGAGAGGGACAACUCCCAAGUCUACAGCAACAGCCCCGCCAGCGGCAGGUCCCUGCGCUCGCCCUCUCCGUCCGACUGAAACAUCUGGAGGAUGGAAAUUGGGCUUCCAGUUCAGUUGGGCUUGAGUGGUUACAUGUGACACGCAGUAGCAGGCAGUGUGUCUCUCAUGAGCACAGAGACACAAAAUAGAAACCAAAGGGCAUUUAGUUUAUCUAUUCAUUCUCUACUCUGCGCUAUCAUUGCACAGGAAGAGUCAUUUCAGCAAAAAACGAUGCUGUUUCGAGUGUCGUGUUCCUUAGCUAUAUUUCAGGCGGUGGUCAGUGCUGGUUGGAGAGGCUGAGGCUGCCGUGUCAUUUAACCCAUCCAGAGGCAUCCCUGUUUUUUCACACACACACAACUUGAACUUUAGACACCGCUUCCAAUCUGUCUGAGGCAUGCAGCCACAAACGUUUCUUUACAAACUGGCCAAAAACCUCAAAGCCCCCCCCCUUCACCCCCUCAGGCAGAAACAUGAUGUAUUGUGGUGUGGAUUAGACCAUUGUGCCUGAACUGGGCUUCUGGUGUCUUUAACACACACUUGAAUCAAGCUCCAUAAAAAUAGAGUUUACUCUGGCACUGUUUCCUAGGAUUGAUUAGAUGGUUUUAAACAUGGAGUGGUCAACAUUACCCAGUGGGGGUAUUGAAAUAGUAAUAAGGAAAAUACCAUAGACAAAAGACAGUCUUACAUUGGUGAAAUAAUCCUUGUCAACCUUUAUUCCCUUCUUCAUAUUCAUCUUUAUAGAAAGCUCAAAGACAAUAUUGGUCACACAAAUGUACAGUUGAUACAAACCAGUCCUGACAAGAGACGUAGAGGAACAAGAGUUCAAGUAGAAUUCACAAGUUUCAUGGAUAUAAGGAUGCUUAACCUAGGAAUUUGCCCCUGAUAUUUUCUAUGCUGUAAUUUGUUUUGUAA